AUGUCUUCGACGGAUGCAUCUUCAGAGGCUUCUUCGUUCGCAUCAGAGAACGAAUAUUUAUCCGAAUAUGACGAAAUGUCAGGGAUAGAAGGCUUAGAAGCCGAUAUAUCUGAAGCGGAGCAAAUCGAGACAUUGGACGAUGUCACUGCCGAGAUAACUGCUGCUGACAGUCCUGUGGUUUCAAGCGAUGAUGAUGCCUAUGCUUGGGUGGAUGAUCCUGUUGCUGAUGAGGAGUGGACGGAACAAUAUGAAGAAAACAUGAGGGCAAACGAGGUCAUUAAAGACGAGAUGCUGAAGCGUUUGCAUGGAACCACAGAGCUUAAUGAGUGGUAAGUCGCAAAUUUUGUUUAUACUAUACGAUUUUAAUAAACAUAUUUACGUUAAAGAUUAUUUCAUGGCAUGGCAAGCCCACUCAUGUUGUCAAUAUUACAUAAUUUAUAUUAGGUGCAAAUGUGGAAAUUGUAGCCUGGAGUUUUUGAGUAAUUGGCAAGAAUGCAAUUGCUGUUGUGAGCUGGAUGGAUGCCAGGAGUCCUUGUCUAGUGAAAUUGUCCAACAGGAUCUGGGUGAUGAAGACAACAUUGUCUGCAUUACACAGCACCCAGGCUUCAGACCAGUUUGCCUCGAGAAGUGGAGUUUACGAAUGGCUGCAUGGACAUACAAAACGAAGGGUAAACAGAGAUACAAACAAUUGGCAGGUGAAGAAAGGUGAGCUGUUUUCUAUUCAGAUGUUGCUUUAAUACUUAACCAUUCAAUAAUAAGCUGGAAACAUGGAAAUGAGGCCAUUGGGUCAAAAGCGAAUAAACAGUAAGGUCUGUUGUUUCCACACUCAACAGGAUGUUCAACAUAUAGAGUUUUAGCCUCUUUCAGGGAUGGAUUUAUGGGGGUACACACUAGCAUUGAGCAUGAUUCUAAGUAGAAGCAGUACUGACCUGUUCCAUGACCCAGUGUCCCAUAAAGCAUCACCAUCUCAAAAAUGUUGGUGUGAGCAAAAUCAGAAACUAUAUAUACCAUGGCUAUUAUAGUUUGGGUUGUUCUUUGUAACCAUAUAAAAUACUAUUUUAUUGAAAUAGUUUUUUUGCAUUUGUCUACAUACCAUUACUAAUGAUAAAGUUGUUCAUUUAUCAUUUCUUCUAGGUUUUUACGUAGUGUGGCAUACAGGAAGUUUACAAGGAUGGUGUAUGGUGUAAUUGGAAAAACAAGAAUCCCACUGCCUGCAUGUGCAUACCAUGCAAUAAGGAAGAAAUUUCCACUAACAAAAGAUGAAUCAUUUACUGGAUUUGAAAUUGAUGAGGAUGAUGAAAUAUUUGAAUAA